AUGAGCGAGCGAGGUGCCCAAGGUUCAUCCAAUGCCGCUGCGGCCGCGAGCAUCAACUCGUUCUCGCAGCUUCCAUUCAUCCGCCUCGCCGGCCGCGACAAACCGCCGCCGCCCACCUCCAACCCAGCGGCGCCCAUCCGGCUGUUCGGGUUCGACGUCCCGCGGGGCGCUGCCACGGUCGUCGUCUACCCCUCCGUCGCCAAAGAAGCCGGCGCCGCCAAAGAUACCACCACCACAGCCGCGGAGGCGGCUGCCCAGGUGGCGCCGGGUCUGGGCGCAAUCGGCGACGGCGGCGCAGGGGGCCGGAGGUUCGAGUGCCGCUACUGCUGCCGGAACUUCCGGACGUCGCAGGCGCUGGGCGGGCACCAGAACGCGCACAAGCAGGAGCGGCAGUUCGCGAAGCGGGCGCGCUUCCAGACGGCCAUGGCCAUGCGCCACGGUCAGUACUACCCGCUCCCGCUGGACCCCGCCCGCCUCUACCCGAGCUACGCCGGCUUGCCGCCACCGCCGCCGCCGCCGCACUACCCCGCGUGGGCAGGUGCUGCAUAUUACAUCGCGCCAGGGUCCAAGCUCUGGCGGCCCUGUGCCGGCGGCGUCGUCGUUGGUGCGGGGACGACGACGCAGUUGGCUACGCGGCGUCAAGAUCGGCCACCUCUGUCUUUGAUCGGGCGACACCAGGCAGUGGUGGUGGCGGGAGGUGCAGGCUCGGCAACGCUCUCGCAGUCGACCUCCUCAUCGUCAUGGUCCACUUCGCCGCAAGAAGUCCCCACCCUACCGGAGAUAAAAGAGAAUGUGAGCUUGGAUCUAAGUUUGUAG